AUGGCGGCGCCCGGCAGCGCGGAGGGCGCGAGCGAGAGCCCCGCGCUGUGGGCCGAGGUGCGGGCGCUGCUGCCCCCCGCCGAGGAGGGGCUGACCCUGGACCUGAGCGGCGAGGUGGAGGACUGCGUCCUGCCGCUGCUGCGGCGGGCCCGCGCGCUGCUCUACGGCGCGGCGGGCCAGCCCGGGGCGGCAGCGGCAGCGGCGCUGGAGCGCCUCAGCGACGUCCUGCGCGACUACUCCUGGGAGAAGCUGAACGUGGGGCCAUGGAGGGAGGUCGGCAAGGGCUGGCGCCAGGUCUACGCCUACGGCUGCCUCUUCGGGGCGCUGGCCGAGGUGGCGGCGGGCCGCCCGCUCGCGCGCGCCGUGCGCCUCUGCGACCUGGGGCUGCUCAUGGGCGCCGCCGUCCUGGACAACGCCCUGGCGCGCCUCGUGCGCGCGCUGCAGCCGCACCUGCCCCGCGCGCCGCCGCGCCGCCGAGCCCGCGCACAGAGCGAACGGCCGGAGCCACCGCCCGCCCCCGCCCUGCAGCCGGAGGAGGUGAUUCCGCACCUUCACUGUCCUUCGCUGGAGCACUUCAGAGACAACUACCUCAUUCCCCAGCGGCCCGUGGUCCUGGAGGGCGUCAUGGACCACUGGCCAUGUAUGAAGAAGUGGAGUGUGGACUAUUUCUGUCAAGUCGCAGGGUGCCGCACAGUCCCCGUGGAGCUGGGUGCUCGGUACACAGACGAGGAAUGGUCUCAGCAGCUCAUGACUGUCAGUGACUUCAUCAGCCAGUAUAUCACAGCUGAGAACAAUCUAGGAUACCUUGCCCAGCACCAGCUUUUUGAUCAGAUCCCAGAACUGAAAGAAGAUAUCAGUAUCCCUGACUACUGCUGCUUGGGGGAAGGGGAAGAAGAUGACAUCACCAUUAAUGCUUGGUUUGGUCCAGGAGGCACAAUCUCACCUCUUCAUCAGGAUCCUCAGCAAAAUUUUUUAGCCCAGGUAUUUGGAAGAAAGUAUAUCCGUCUCUGUUCACCACAAGAUUCAGAAAACCUGUACCCCCAUGAAAGCCAAAUUCUUCACAACACUAGUCAGGUUGACGUGGAAGAUCCAGACUUGGUCAAAUUUCCAAAUUUCACAAAGGCUUCAUUUCAGUCCUGCAUUCUGAAGCCUGGACAGAUUCUGUUUAUUCCAGUUAAAUAUUGGCACUAUGUGCGAUCACUUGAGCUCAGCUUCUCUGUUAGUUUCUGGUGGUCAUAGCUCUGAAAUGUAGUCAGCAGCACUGAAAUUAAAUUAAAAAUCAGGGAAGUAGCAUCUCUCAGGAGAGGUUA